AUGGAAGGAGGAAGGGUAGAAAGUAGUUGUGAUGAUGGUUUUGCGGAAAUAGAGGAGCUUCCACCGGGCUUCAGGUUUCAUCCAACGGACGAGGAGAUUAUCAUGCACUAUCUCCUCAAUAAGGCCAUCGAUAGACGCUUCACUGCCAGGGCUAUUGCCGACGCUCAUCUUAAUAAGUGUGAACCAUGGGAUUUACCAAAGAAGGCAAAGAUGGGCGAAAACGAAUGGUUCUUCUUUUUCCAAAGGGACAGAAAGUACCCAACGGGCAUGAGAACGAACAGAGCGACAGAAUCGGGUUAUUGGAAGGCAACCGGCAAAGACAAAGAGAUAUUCUACAAGUCUGGAAACUGCCUUGUAGGCAUGAAAAAAACCCUUGUUUUCUACAAAGGGAGAGCUCCUAAAGGUGAAAAGACCAAUUGGGUGAUGCAUGAGUACAGGCUCGAGGGAAAUUUCACAACCUACAACAUCUCUAGGACAGCUAAGGAGGAGUUCGUUGUUUGUAGAGUCUUUCACAAGCACUGUGCAGGAAUCAAAAGAGGCCCACCACAAGCUGCAGUGUUACAAUUAUCAAGGAUGGACUCAUUCAUAGAUCAUCUAUUAGAUAGCCCCUCGCUCCCCCCUUUGAUGGACUACAAUAACAACUCUAAUAAUAAUUUCUCCCUUAACCAAGGACCAAAUUGCAAACCAGAAGAAGAUCAAUCAACGCUGCAUAUUAUUGCCUCAUCAAGAGCACUCAUCAACAACCAAAACUCACAAUAUUUGCACCAUGACCCCGUAAACUUUCACUACGCAUUCUCCGGUGAUCCCACCAUUUAUUCCCAAAUUGCCCUUCCGGCUUCAGUUUUCCCUUGUCAGACAGAAAUACUGCAAGGUCAAAGCUCAGUAAUAAGGGCAAAAAUGGAGCAUUUUUCGAGUAACAACUCGGUCAAAAUCAGCCAAUCACAAGAAACCGGACUGAGCACGGAAAAUGUGGCGAACGAGAUUACAUCGUUGCAAACAAUGGGUGACGUUGAGAGCGAUGAUAAGGCGGCAGCGUUUGGUGAUCAUGAAGAACUCGAGGGAAUCGGUUUCAGUCCCGACAUAUCUGAUUUGGAGUCUUUGUGGAGCUACUGA